CUUAAGGGCUAAGGACAGCAUCUCGCUAUAAUUUACUUUUUUUCUAUUUUAUCGUUAAAUAUAGCUAUUUUCCGACCUGGAGGCACCGGUGAUCCACUACUACCUGGUGCUGAAGCCCGUUAAACGAAAGCUUCUUCUGCUUAGUCCAGAACCAUUUGAACGUAGUGUGGUCAUUGAACAUUGGAAUUCGGUGACGCAUAUGAUAUAAAUAUAGUCAGGGUAGCAGUAAGGAGGUGAAGUGUUACUGCCAACCCCCUCACUUUUCAGAACAACCUGGGAAGUCAAUUGGCACUAACCACCACUCGGGUCUUACACCAGUGAUGUACACAUUACUGCGGGGUUUGUGGCAAUAUAUAUCACAAAGGGAUGAGUUUUCUGUUCUCAUACUAGGUUUGGAUGGCGCUGGAAAAACAACUUAUUUAGAACAAGCUAAAAUAAAUUUUGUUCCAAAUUACAAAUCUAUCCCAAUUCAGAAAAUCACUACUACUGUUGGUCUAAAUAUUGGAUACAUUGAGGUUGAUGGGAUCCGGCUUAAAUUUUGGGAUCUCGGCGGUCAAGAAGAGCUUCAAUCGUUGUGGGAUAAGUACUAUGCUGAAUCAAACGGUGUUAUUUAUGUCGUUGAUUCUGCAGAUAGCGAUCGUUUUGAUGAGUCUAAAGAUGCAUUUGAUAAGAUGAUUAGAAACCCUGUACUGGAAGGUGUGCCGUUACUGGUUCUAGCUAACAAGCAAGAUAUGCAGAGCGCAUCCCAUUUGUCUGAAAUAAACAAAGUUUUCUACGACAGUCUACGUCUUGUUGGGCAACGUCAAUGCACAUUUCAUGGUGUCAGUGCACUUAACGGAUAUAACCAUUCCAGUCAACCUAUAUUGUUAUUUCUCAGGGAGGGAAUAAACAGCAGUAUCAAGUGGAUUGCUGAUAAGGUUAAAGGUAACGCUAAACAAAGGCCACCAAAACAAUUUGAAAUCCCGUAACGUGUCUCCGUAAAACUUUUUUUGUUUAUAUAGUACUCAAAGGAUUCUGCGGUACUACAUACUUUUAUUUAACAUCUUUUGGCAGGUUUAAUAGUAAAUGCAUGUAAAUCUGUAUCAUAAAAAUAUGACGAAAAUGUAUAUUAACUUAGGUUUUCUUUCAUUGUACAACAAGAUGAUUUCAGUAGUUGUAAUCUUUCCUUUGAUUUAUUGUCGAGUGAUAAGGUUCUAAAAGACAACAGUAGAUAUUGACAUUAAUAACAAUUGAAUUAAACUAAAAGUAACAAAUAGUACCAAUCGUACAA